AUGGCGCAGCAAGUGCAAUGGAGGCCUGCGGCGCAGGCAUAUGUGGGCGCACCGCCUGUGAUGCGCGGCUCGGCAGCCGUGCAGCCCAGGUCCGUGGCACCGGCAUCUGUGGAUCAUCCCAUGGUGGCCAGCUGCCAACGACCACUGCAGCCAAUGAUCGCACAAACGCAGAGGCUUCAAGCCCGUCCUCAUAUGACGCUGCCAGCGGCACACGGGCCACAGGCGCAUGCCUUCAGACCACAGCUCGUCCAGCAAGUGGCCAGGCCGAUAAGCGUGCAAAUGGCUGCACAAAGCGCAGGGCCCAUGCAUGCAGGUGUUCCCACCGGCAGCCAAUUCAUGCCAGAGCCACGACGCUUGGAGCCGCCUCAGCUCCAAAAGGAAAGGUCUGCACCCAUUCCAACCCAGGCCGGGGACAGCGUUGCGCACCUCUCCACGCCGCAGCUGGUGCAGCUUUGCAAGCACCACACACAAAGCCUUGAGACCAAGAAGCAAAUCUUGGCAGAGAAUGUCAAAGAACAAGGCAGGCUUCUAAAAGAGCGGGAUGCUCUUCGAAAGAGAGCCCAGGCACUGGAAGGCGCUCUAAGCGCCGCCACAGGACCCUUAAGCAUACAGCCGGCCAAAGAAGUCGAGGGCCCUGUGGUCGCGCCAGCGCAGGUCUCCACUCAAGCAGCAGCACACAUGGCGAAAGCCGUGACGCCUGAACCUGCUACCACUGCUACCCUACCAAGGGCUUCACCCACAGUGCAUUCUGGUGCAGCAACAUCACCGGGGCAGAGCCAAGAAGGCCAGCUGUCGAUCCAUGCAGCACCUUCCAGUACAGCACCACACCCGACCAACACCGCCGCUUUUGCAUCACUGUCGACAUGUUUUGCAAGCAGCAGCGAGCUGCCGACCACCGCGCCUACACAAGCAACAGCGCACGACACUCUUGCGACAGCUCUGCCAGCGGUUGCAGUACCCACACCAGGAACGGCUGAAAGUCCGCCGACAGGGCCUCUUCAACAGCCUCAGCAUCUGCCCCUCCAUGAAGUGGUGACGGCACCGGUCCAGCAGCCAGACCCUCUUGCACUCGCUGGCCCAGCAGAACUGCGUGCUACGCCUCUUCUGGAAACAGAACCCGGGCAGACGGAAAGGGAAAGUGUUGCUGCAAGAAGUCCCAUCAGCAGUCCUGCAAAACCGACAUCCCCGGAGGAAGCGGCUGGCGUUGCAGUGUCGCCUGGGGAUUUGGGUAGUCCCCAACCUCCAGUGAAAGCCAUCUUCACAGCAUUUAGCGAAUCCCCGUCGAGCCCUUCGCAGCUGCCCUGCAGCGGUGAUGCUGCAGCUGGUGUAGGCGGUCCUGUGGCGGAAGAGUCCAAGGCAUCCCCGCAUGCCCUGGUCUUGGGCAGCCUUGACGGCAGCAGUGUCGUGCCCGACUGCGACAACCUGGCAAGCAAGGAAGAGGGCACUUCACCGCAGGCACCCACGCCGGAAACAGCUGUGGCACCGGCGGCGCAUGCAGUGAUGCAGCCCCAAUCACCCGAGCCACAGGUCAACAGCGUGCCCAUUCCCGAGGAAGUCAUGGCACGAGCCCUUCCGGAUGGCACAAUUAGGUUGACAUGGUUCUUUGACGAGGAACUGCUCGAGUCGCUUUCCAGCGGUUCGCCCAACACUCUCAGCUUCGAGAUUUGCCAGAAAUCAGAAACGGUGGGAGGCCACGUAAGAAUCCGACAGCACAGCUGCCACGCCAGACUGCCUUUCAAAGACGGUCUUGUCCAGGAGCAGUUCUUCAUCGUGGAGGGUUGUGCACCGGGCCGCCCCUACUCUUUCAGCGUUCGGAGCUGCCUUGAGUCUUCGUCGGGAUCGACGCAGUCGGACUUCAGCGACCCCGUGACUUGCAGCGCUGCAGGCCUGGCAGGGUCAGUGCGUGGUCCUCCGUCUUUGUCGUCCACCUUGACUUCGACACAAGCGGCCCAAGAGAUCGGAAUCGUCAAAGGCAUCCCACCAGGUCACAACAUAACACCUGCGUCUCAGCCAGGAGAUGUUGGGGCCGUUCUUGUGCCACGAGAGGCAACAGGAAGUGGGCCAGCUGACAGUCCGCCCCGCAACUUGCAGAGAGCCCGCGAUGACCAGCCCCUCCAAGCAGCAAAGCCGGAGUUGCGAAGCGAUCGACUACUACCAGAUGAAGGUUGCCGCCUCCGACAGUGGCUGACGGACAAACUAAAUCCAUCACCCGGCUCGACGGCCGCCUCGACUGCGAAGUCUCCUGCAGGAGAAAACUCGUCUGCGAAGCCCGCCUCCGCUCAGCAGGCUGGCUCGCCACCGCAACUACAGACUGACCACAGCUUUCUGAGGCGGUGGCUGCAAGACCGUCAACUUCCAGCUGAGGUUGUGCAACCAGCAGCAGGUGUGACAGGUUCACCCGCCGGCGAGAGAGCUCCGGCUCCGGCUCCCUUCGAGAAGCGGAUCCAAGAGGAGUCUCCGGAGCCGGAAGCUCCGGUGCCCGCAGGUCUAGCACCACCCAUUCAGAGAAGCACUGCCGCGAGCACUGCAGCGAGCUACCAGCCGUUGAGGUCUGAUGCCGGGGAUGUCGACAUCACACGGCUGCCACUCGACCAUGGUCGAGUGCAAGUGCAAGGUGGUACUGCGGAUCGGAGGCCCGAGACCAAUCCACCGUCUUGCCCAGACUUCAGGGUGCAUGUCCGCGCGGACGGCACCUUCAUUGGGGCCGCACGCUCGCAGUCCUUUGGAGGAGUGGAGCGACGACAGACUCUUGCGUCGGGCCAGAUACCUGGCCAGGCAGACAUGCCGCGGUCCGUGCGGCACUGCCAGGCAUUUAGCCCGGUGUCCCGUGACGUUCGCGGCCAGCAGCUGCCGAUGUCAAUAUCAAUCGCGCCGCCUUCGCCUAGCGGCUCCUUCGCAAGCCAAGCAGGCCUGUCAAGACCGGCAGAUGCCCUAACCACCGUCACCAGCCUGCCGCAAGCAGGAGGGACGGCAUGGAAAACAGGCCAGCCAAUGGCGCAAGACCCCUUCCAGACAAGGCCUCUUCAGAGCCAGGGUCAGUCGGCCCUCCUGGCACCCUUCGGGGGCAUGGGCUCCUCGGACGCGGCCAACUACCUGUUUGGACCGAUCAACCCGAACCCUUUCGGAACGGGGGCCAUCGGAACGACGCGCCCCUUCAAUUUUUCUGGACUAGGAGGAUCCGUCCGUGAUGCACCGAGCGGCAACUUCUUUGCAAAGCCGAGCUCGACGCCAACCUCCUACAUGAGUCGAGGCAUCGAAGAGGAGCAAUCCCGGCCUUUCGACCCUCCGCCGCCGCCGCGUAGCGCGCCGUCGCUGUACGACAGCAGCGUGCAGUCAGCCCCCAUGCAGCAAGCGCAGCUUCCACAGCAAAGCAUUCCUUGGAACGAGCCGCGUCGAGGUGCUGUCAGCGGAAGUGUCGGCGGUUUUGGAGCUGCGCAGAGUGGUCGAAGCGGUGCUGUCAGCGGCGGCGUCGGAGUCACGCAGAACCUGGGAUCCUUGGAUGCGCAGGGCCUGAACAGAGGCAGCCAAGCGAGAUACGAAUUGAGAGUUCGAAUGUCAGACAGUCACUGGGAAAGCUUGAGAUUCUCAGCCGGUGACGAUCUGGAUUUUCAAGGAAGGCAGUUCAUUCAAAGACUCGGUUUGAAGAGUGCCUUUCUUUCCGGCCUCGUGGCAAGAUUGCGGCAGAUGGCGUCGAUUCAGCAGGAUUAUGCCUGUGUGGAUGUGGUUGAUCUCAUUUGA